CCUUUAUUUUGAGCAUAAUUGCUGAAAUGCCAUCACUCGCUCACCACCGGUCCCGGAUCGGAUGAACUGCUGAAGAAGCUCUCAAGCAUGACGCAUGAUUUCAUUGAUGAUUUGAAAGUGAUGGAAUAGGACUUUUUGGGGGAUUAGAAAUAGAUAGUUGAAUUGGAGAGUCAAUGGUUGGAGUUGCGAAAAUCUGAAUCUGAAUCUGAAUCUGCGUGUGAACCGCACUCAGCAUCAGAAUCAGAAACGGCGGGCGCCAUGGCAGCAAAGAAGAUUAUCAUCGACACCGACCCGGGUAUUGAUGAUACGAUGGCAAUUUUUGUGGCUUUACGGUCGCCGGAGGUGGAAGUUAUCGGACUUACUACUAUUUACGGCAACGUUUAUACCACUCUCGCCACCAGAAAUGCUUUACAUUUGUUGGAGGUUGCAGAGAGAACUGAUAUCCCCGUGGCUGAAGGAUCUCAUGUCACCAUCACUAAAGGUACAAAACUCCGUAUUGCUGAUUUUGUUCACGGUGCUGACGGACUUGGCAACCAAAAUUUCCCUACCCCAAAAGGGAAGCCGAUUGAACUCUCAGCUGCUUCUUUUCUGGUUCAACAAGCAAAUCUUUACCGUGGACAAGUCACCGUCGUUGCAUUAGGACCACUCACUAACAUUGCAUUGGCUAUUCAGCUGGAUCCAGAAUUUUCCAGGAAUAUUGGGCAGAUUGUUGUUCUUGGUGGUGCUUUUGCAGUGAAUGGGAAUGUAAAUCCAGCAGCAGAGGCCAAUAUAUUUGGGGAUCCAGAUGCUGCGGAUAUUGUAUUCACUAGCGGAGCAGAUGUAUUGGCUGUAGGAAUAAAUGUUACUCAUCAAGUCAUCAUGACGGAUGCUGAUAGAGAGGAAUUGGCGAGUUCAAAAGGGAAAUUUGCUCAAUACCUGUCCAAAAUUUUAGAGGUGUACUUCUCUUAUCAUCAUGAUGCGUACAGUACAAGAGGAGUUUACCUUCAUGAUCCAACAGCACUUCUUGCGGCUGUUAAUCCUUCACUCAUCACUUACACAGAAGGUGUUGUCAGAGUCCAGACUAGUGGCAUCACAAGAGGACUAACAAUAUUAUAUAACAAACAGAAAAGGUUUGAGGAAGUCACUGAAUGGUCCAAUAAACCCUCGGUGAAGGUGGCAGUCACAGUUGAUGCUCCCACUGUUGUCAAACUGAUCAUGGAACGGCUAAUGGACUCGUAAAUCUUUGAGACAGGAGCUCAUGGAUGGUUUGAAUGGAUGGUGUAUAAGCUGAUGGUGACUCCUGUUGGAGCAACUGUGCUCUGACUCUGCCAUUAUCAUAUAAUAGAAUCAGCUUGCUUCCUUUCAUGCUAUGCUUAAUACAGAUAUGAUUUGGGGAUGUUGCAGUUUUCAUGCAAUUACGGACAACAAUAAAUUGUUCUCGACAUUUAAUUUUAUAUCUUGUUUGCAAUAACUAGUAAGGAUGAUGUCAUAAAAAUUGGUCGCUGUGUAGCAUUCCAUGUAAUGGCCGAAGCCGGAGGCCGGGGGCAGGGAUAGUGUGUUGGAUUCAUAUCUUGCAUUUACUAUUGUUAUAUGACGGUACGGUAUAAACAAUGGUAUAAAGCUGGUGGUGGCCUCAUAAGCAAGAAGAAUAAACUCUUCUGGUAUCGGAUUCCUUGGAAUGCCCAAUAAAAAAUACUUUUCAACUUUCAAAACUAUUCUUUAAAGUAACAGAAUAAUGAAAGACCAUUUUAGUAAUCAUGAUUAUUAAUGGUUUCA